CUAUACAUUUGUCAAACAAGUAUAUACUUUAGCAUUUUUUAGCAACCACUCAUUCCCUUAUCAUAACAUUUAUUAAACCUCACACAUGUAACAUCUUAUAUUUAAUAUUCAAUAAACACAAUUUGGCAACACUUUCUCUUUCAAUCUCAGUCCUUUCCAAAUGCCUCAACUUAAGCUACUUUUCAUUCUUCUUCACACUGUAAACAUAAUUAUAUGUUGUGUUUCCACUACUGAAUUUGUCUAUAAUACAAACUUCAACUCAACAAAUAUUAGCCUAUAUGGAAAUGCAACCAUUCAAAAUUCCAUUCUUACUCUCCUUAAUGAUACUUCCACUUCCUUCUCAAUAGCUCGUGCUUUUUACCCUCACAAAGUACCUACAAAACCACCAAACUCUUCCACACUUCUCCCCUUUGCUACUUCCUUCAUUUUCGCGGUUUCCCCUACCAAACACUUUAUCCCAGGACAUGGCUUUGCCUUCAUAUUCACAUCUUCAAGAGAUCUAAAUGGAACAACAUCAACCGAGUAUAUCGGUUUACUCAAUUUCAACAAUGAUGGUAACUCUAACAACCAUGUUUUUGGAGUUGAAUUUGAUAUUGUUAAAAACGAACAAUUCAACGAUACAAAUGAUAAUCAUGUUGGUAUUGACGUAAACUCGCUUACAUCUUUAACUUCACAUGAGGCUGGCUACUGGGGUGGAAAAUAUGGCAAUGAAUUUAAGGUGUUGAAGAUGAAAAGUGGAGAAAACUAUCAAGUAUGGAUUGAGUUUAACCAUUCUCGUCUAAACGUUACAAUGGCUCGGGCAGGGCGAAAGAGGCCUCAUGUGCCUCUUAUCAGUAUGAAUCUUAACCUUUCUGGGGUUCUUAUGGAUGAAACUUAUGUUGGAUUCUGUGCAGCCAAUGGGGUGAAAAAAGAUAGUGUUAAGAUUCUUGCUUGGAGCUAUAGUAAUAAGAAUUUUUCAAUUGGUGAUGCUUUAGUUACACACAACUUGGCUUCAUUUGUCCCUCAAAAAGGAUGGUUUUCUGGAGGAAAUGCUAUAGCUGUAGAAAUAACUAGUGUUGUGUGUGUAUUAAUUAUCAUUGGUUGUGCUGCGUUAUUCAUUCUCUAUAGGGGAAAUAAAGAAGAAGAGAUUGAAGAUUGGGAAAUAGAGUAUUGGCCACAUAGGAUUAGUUUCCAAGAGAUUCAUGCAGCAACAGGAGGGUUCUCUGAAGAGAAUGUGGUUUAUGUAACAGGGAACAAAAGUGUACAUAAAGGGAUGUUGCAAGGAGUUGAAGUCGCGGUCAAGAGAAUCCCUCACCAAAGAGAAGGGAUGAGAGAGUUUUUGGCUGAGGUUUCAAGCAUAGGAAGAUUGAAACACAGAAAUUUAGUAGGAUUUCGAGGUUGGUGCAAAGAAGACAAAGAAAACUUGAUUCUAGUGUAUGAUUUCAUGAACAAUGGAAGUUUAGACAAAUGGAUAUUUGAGUGCGAAGAAGGAAAGAUGCUAACAUGGGAAGAGAGGGUUAAAGUUUUGAAAAAUGUAGCCGUGGGGAUUCUAUACAUGCAUGAAGAUUGGGAAGUUACGGUCUUGCAUAGGGAUAUCAAAGCAAGCAAUGUUCUACUUGACAAGGACAUGAAUGCUAGAUUGGGGGAUUUUGGUUUGGCUCUUAUGCAUGAGCAUCAUGGAGAAGUGGCUAGUACAACGAAAAUACUAGGGACAUUAGGAUACAUUGCUCCGGAAGUGAUUCAAAUAGGAAGAGCGUCGACUAUGUCUGAUGUGUUUGGCUUUGGAAUAUUGGUCUUGGAAGUAAUUUGCGGACGAAGACCUAUUGAAGAACAUAAGCCAGGGCUAAUCGAAUGGGUGGAGUCCCUAAUGGUGCUCGAUCAAUUGCACAAUGCUAUUGAUGAAAGGUUAAAGAAAAAAGGAGGAUACCCUAUUGAGGAAGCUGAGAGACUGCUACAUUUGGGUUUGUUGUGUUCAAAUUCAGACCCUAGUGUUAGACCAACAAUGAGACAGAUUGUGAAAAUGUUGGAGGGAGAUGUCGACAGCAUCGAAUCUGAUGAAGAAAAUAUGGAAACAAGUUUGCUUAGAAGAAUAAAAUCAGCUGCAAUGUGGCCUAGAACUGAAAGUGGACUUCAAAACAAAGAUCACCCUACUUUUGAAGAAGUUCUAAUGUUCCGUUAUAAUUCUAAGUCGUCUACAAGUGGCUCAAGUUCCAUUCCGCAAGGACCACAAUCAGAUUCAGAUAUCAUUCGAGAUGGACCAUAAUGUCACACUAAGUGAAGAAUAUUCAAGGUCUUAAGCUCAUUUGGAGUUGGUUUGUGUACAUCACAAAAGCAUGCAAGUUGCACUAUCCCCUGAGUUAAUUGAUUUCUGCUAUAAGUUUUUGACAUAUUUCAUAAAAUUUUGUGUAUUUAAAAGGCCAAAAUUCUGUGCAAAAUUGUAUAAUGUCAUCAGAAGAUGUAUACUUUUGUAAACACCACUUUGAUGCAUUGAUAUAUUUGUAUGUGUCCAUAUGUUUGAUUCUAAAGGAAAAUAUUUUUGAA